AUGUCUGAAGCAGAGGAAAAUUUAACAUACAUUUGUAAUGUAUGUAAGCACAAGGGUGAUGAUCUACAAUUUUUGGUGGAUCAUAUAAAUUCCAGUCAUACAUUUGCAAAUGAAAGCGAAGCAUUGAGGGCGGUUUCGGCAUAUACUGUUCAAGAAUUGCCAGAUGAAAGGGAAUCUAGUUCAUUACCAGAUCCAGUCACAGUAUCUUAUUCUGAACUCGACAGAAAAUUGUGGACACGUGAAGUUACUCUCAGUCUUAUAAGUUUGGUUGAUAAAUACGACAAUGAUUUUCAAACCUCUGUGAAAAAGUAUAUUUGGAUGAAAAUUUCCAAAUUAAUGAUGGAGAAAUUCGAACAUAAAUUGACAUGGCAACAAUGUGAUACGAAGUGGAAGUCACUGAAAAAGACCUAUAAGGAUGUGAAAGAUCAUAAUUCCAGUUCAGGAAAAAACAGAAGAAAAUGGGAAUAUUUUGAUGCCAUGGAUGGCAUACUCUUCAAGAAACCUGAAAUCCAUGCACCAGCUACCUGCAGUAGCCAUACAGGACUGGUGGUUUCUGGACCUAAGAGUCAGGAAGGUUCUACUUCUGGAAAUAAAGAAAAUGAAUCUAAUACUUCAGAAACUGAAAUUUCUUCUGUUGAAAAAUGUGUACCAUUUGAAUCUUCCUUCUCGAAGAAAAGGAAAAUGGCUUUGAAUGCAAGUGAACGUCGACACAAGGAAAAAAUGCAAAGACAGGACAGAUUUUUAGACUGUUUUGAAGAUUUUGUGAAAACAUACAAGAAUAAAUAA